GAAACUCCCCUUAAUUUUUCUUUUCCUUUCGAGAUCGAUCUCCGCUUCCUCCUCCCAAUUCCCUUCUGGCUGAGUUUACCGAUCUGAAUCGGUUCAAUUGUCACGACGUCACACGAGGAUGGGCUGUGCUGGAUCCACUCCGGUUAAAGGCGGAGAAGAGACUACUAAGAAGCUGCGAAAACCAAAGCCCUGGAAGCAUCCUCAUCCCAUAACUGUGGAACAACUUAAGCAGACACGUGAAGAGUUUUGGGACACUGCCCCUCACUAUGGUGGCCAAAGAGAGAUCUGGGAUGCACUCCAAGCAGCAGCUGAAGCUGAGUUAAGCCUUGCACAAACAAUUGUGGACAGUGCAGGAAUCAUAGUUUCAAGCGCUGAUAUGACGGUGUGCUACGAUGAACGAGGCGCGAAGUAUGAACUGCCAAAGUAUGUUUUGAGUGAGCCUACCAAUUUGGUCCGCGACAGCUGAUGGAACCAAAGAGCUCACGAGCAAUCUUCAGAUUGAGAUCGAGAUUCUACUA